CGAUACAGUGAAACUGACUCUCUCUCGCCCGUGGACAAGCUAACACACAUCGUGUUAGUGAACCACGUAAAUCGUGUGUCUGUGUUUUUCGAUUCUCGUUUUCGUAUUCUCGCUUUAUCGAUUUUGGCAAUUUCCCGAUCCGUAGCAGCGUGUUUAUAACAAGUAUUGGACAACUCCAAGAGUUAUCGAUAUUUUUGCCAUCCGUAAAAAAUAAGAAAAAGAAAAUAAUUAAUUUUUAUGAUAGUGUCAUUAUUUUACACGGUAAGUGUAUUCUCACAUUUUUUGCCUAAUGAACCAUAAUGGACCAUCCUCCCAAAAUAACAAUAGUGGGCCAUCCUGUUUUUUCUAAUUACUUGGGCCCGCAACAAAGCGCGACCAUUUCUAGUUACUUAUAGAGUUUGUGAUACUUGGGUAAUGGGCACACAAUGGAGCACUGGCCACGAUAGAGCACUGGGGCGCAUUUCAUUAGAAAAUUAGAUUUUGUAAAAAAAUCAAAGUUUUUUUUUACAAUAUCAAUUGUAUACGUCCAUCUUUUAAAUUUUAAUGUAGUGAAUUUAUCAAUAAUGGAGUCUACAUCCAUACCAAUAGCAUACUCUCUUUCAGAUAAAAUAGUUAACCAAUCGGCGAAAAAUUCAUCGCUCAUUUUAUUACGCAAAUAAAUUUUCACCUGUAUUAUUGUUGAAAAAGGUUAUCUCCAUAGUAGUUGUUGAAACGGACAAUGUCAACACUAGACAAAUAAAUCGACUAAUCAAUUUGUAUUGUGUGUCAAUCCCUAUUUCCACGAGCUAUUUGAGUAAUUUUUCAAGGGAACAAGUCUCAUAUUUAUUCUAGUCUUUUACGUUUUAGACUUUUAGACUUUUAGGUUUCAUUAUUUGUUUUUCUUUAGACGAGAAUCAUUGGAGCUCAAAUUUCCAGGCUAAAUUUAGAAUUGUGAUUUGAAUAUGUUCAUCUGACCCAUUUUUCUAUUUGCACACAAUUUUAUUAUAAAAUAACACUGGGCCAAAUGACUAAAAUCGAUAAACUCAUGAGUAAUAUACUAGUUCCGAAUACAGAGAAGGGCUAGUCCGUGACCCUGGGUGACCACCCCUAGAUCCGCCACUAUAUACAAUGUACAUUGAAUAGUUAAGGCGAGCUGUGUAGUGGGCUGUAAAAGAUGUAGAAAGUUGGUGUUCCGUUCCCACUUCUCUAUUUACAUGAACAGAUUGGGUGGGUGGAUCACUUUACAAGGAUGUGAGCAAUUUGUCGCCACUCUGAUCCAUCCCAUUAAGUGAACAUGGCAUAUGUAUGGCUUCCACUACAGGGGAGUAAGGGAAAGGCUCCCCAUUGACCUCCCUACCUACCUUAGUGCAGAAACUCAACACCAUAACAUUCAUCCCAUUAUCAUUCUUCCAUCACAUUCCACUCCAGUACACUACAGUGUGCCCCCCCCCCCCCCCCCCCCCCCCCCCCCCCCCCCCCCCCCCCCACUACGACUGACUAACAAUUUGGGUCACAUUUUCCCCCAACCCACCAGGCCACCACCACCACUCAAUGGAAAAAUGAAGAGAUCUUUGUUUAAUUAAUCCAAUGCUGUGGAUGCUGGUUCCUAUCCCAGCCGUUUGACUUCUGUGUGUUUCUCUGUCCACUACCCACAAAAGUUACACUUACAAAUUACACAGGGCCGCAGCCCACUUUCCGUUGUCAAUGUAUAAAAGAAGAGGGUAUUUGACAGAGUGUAAUUAAGCAAUACACUACGAAGCAAGCUGCUGGUUUCUGUUCUCCAGUUAAGCAAUGGCUGCACCAGGCAUCGGCACUACUCCUAGCUUAUCUAGGUCGCUCGUUGUAGUGCCUAUGGGGAUCCUCUACCUGUUAUUCAUCUGCCCAAGUAUAAUUGAUGCCGCCCCGGUUACAAGAAGUGCCAGAUUAAUCCUAAAUCAAGAACAACAUGCUGUACGUUCGAAGAUCAACCACCAGGACAUGGAACAAGGAAAGAUGAUGAGUCUGGAAGCGGAAGUUGGGAUGAUGACAACAUCAACAAGCAUGGUGCAGCGGAGGGCGGUGGAGCUAAACGACUACCCGGGAUCCGGAGCCAACAACCGCCACACCCCUCGCCAACAAUUCGGCAGAUGCGUCGACUGCUGAGUUUACUAUUAAUUCCCAUUGUUUUUUUCUGAAUUAUUUGUAGCUCAUCAUUGAUUAGAAAAGGAGAGGGCGAAGCUUAAUUAUUAGUGUAUAGUUAGCUUGUUUUGAAGCUAGUUCUUACUAUCCUUUUUUUCUGCUCUUGGUCGUGAGGUAGUUUGUAGUUAGCUAGAUUGUUUCGGUCACUGAUCGAGAGCUUAUAUAGUGAACACCAUACUCAAGGACGAGUGAUUAGGAAGUUCAUUAAUCGUUAAUAUCAUCGGACUUUGGAACGCAAACUGACGGGUGAUUUCCAUUUUUCACCCUUGCAAGUUUUCGAUGAGUGUACGAUUCGUGCAAUUCUAGUGUAGCCUGGGUUUUACUUUUUGUUUUUUCGUUUGUUCUGUUAACAUUUUCGUUUGUCAUUCUUCUGUAAAAUGAGGUACUUGGGUUCCAGUUGGGGGAUUCUAAAUCUCUCCUUCUUGAUGAAUAAAUCUGCUUACUCAUCAAAAAAAAAAAAAAAAAAAAAAAAUUCUAGUUAUUCUAUUGUUGUUUCAGAAGUUUGUAUGGACGGGUGAAUCUUUGGAGAUUUACUCUGUCAAUUAUGCUUACCAUUUUAUGGUGGAGUUACGGAGGAAAAGGAGGUGGUGGUGAAGUCUGGACAUUAUUAAUAACAUUCAAAAUAACGUUAUUUAUUCUUUAUAUUUUAGGCAUUUUCAGGUCAUUCUAUGGUUUUAAUGGUUAAUAAAUUAUCAAAUGUUUCUUGGAGUAUUUUCUCAUUUCAAAGUGUAUUAGAUGAUAAUUGUGGUUUAGGUACAAGCAUGAGUCACAAGUCACAAGUCAACAAGGUGGAAAUUCUCGUAUUCUGUAUGUACAUCAUGUUCCUGCGAAGCAAAACAAGGAGAUCACGGCUUAAGGGCAGAAAUUGCAACCGAGAAGAGGAGCGGUAAAGUCAACCACAAUAUUGCGCCUUCUGGAGAAAAGAUCGCACCUUCUCCUCCUCCUCCCCCCCCCCCCCCCCCCCGGGGGGGGGGGGGGGUCGCGAUGUAGGAGGUGCUAGUCAUGAACUUGAGCCAACAACAAGGAGCGGACAGAAGGUUCCAAGUCGACUCACAACCUCAGUUGUCCAAGACUGUGAGAAAUAUCAUGUUUGUGACUUCUGGAUCACGACCGUGAAGUCAGGCCGCGAACUCCUGAGCUAGCAAGAAAAAUAAACAUUGUGGUUCAAG